UGGCUAAUAGUACCGAAAGCCCCAACCGAUCUGUUUAGCAAUCUUUUGAUGCGGUGGAUAAUGACGAGCACCUUCCAAAUGCCUCGGAGGAUAAGGAAAACAAAGAAGACAACAUUCCGGAGUCAGUAGCGAACUUUGAAGAAGGUUCAUCCGGAGAGGAAGAUCAAAACUCGGGGGGCUAACUAUGGAUGUGGUGCAUGUCAAUCAGACGAGCUGGUACUUUUAUGCUGUUCUGCCUCUUAUGUUCAUUUUUCUAUCAAUGCCCGCCUGGCAAUUUAACAGUACGGAGAAAAGCUGUGCUUCUGAGAAGCUGCGCGAGAUCAAACCCAUACAGUCGGAAAGAGUAUGAAGGGCUCUACAAAAAGGGAUUGAAGGACUGAUCAAUAAGCGUGACCCGAGACCGAGUGUGUUCCUGUUUCUGCAUGCAGAUAAGAGCCUAAAGACACUCAUUGACAAAAUUACCAUUGUGGCGUCCGGCUGUUUUGGUGAACCUGGGAAGCUUAUGCAUAUGAACAUAGAUGAAUUUGCACCCCCCACUGAAGACAACGGAUUUGCCAUUGCGCAGUACAAGAAGAAAUUUAAAGACGGCAAAGGUGGACCAGAAAUAAAGAUUCCCCCUAGCUCGGACUCGGUGGAACUGGCCAGUAAAACGCUGUUCGAGCUGUGGGGCACGCCUCUCGCAGACUACGAGCUUAAUCCCCCAAUCACGCCUGUCACCAACCAGGUGCUUCAUCUAAACAGCAAGAUCUAAGCUCUCGUUUCGGAACUU